AUGGCUGAAACUGGGCAACCAAGACCGCUCACAGCCUUCGCUCCGCCGCCUCCUCUCUGGAAACACUUCACGCCGGACAACCUCAAAAGACUAGAGGAGAUCAAAAGAGAGGCCUCGAAGGGGGAAGAUGGCAAACCGCGAAAGAAGAAGUGGACUCCUGCUGAGUUGCGCGCUCUUCACCUUCCACCAGAGCUCCGUUUCCUUGUGCCCCCGGAGAUACCGAAGUCGGGACACUACAGCGUCUUUGGAGAAUUACAGAGUCUUUCUACGACCCUGCCAUCUUUGCAGGAGCAGGGUAUUGAACAGCUCUAUCCCUCAACGCCAACCGAGACGGACCCCGACAAGCCGUCGCAACCAUCUCGACCGUUCAACCAUGCAUACUAUCUUUUGAAAAUCAGCAAGUCUUUACUACUAAACUUCCUUGAAUUUGUCGGUAUCCUCUCGAUAGCCCCGGAGCAAUUCCAAUCGAAGGUAGAGGACCUGCGAAACCUCUUUAUCAACGCCCACCACCUUCUCAACCUCUAUCGACCGCACCAAGCGCGAGAGUCCCUGAUUAUGAUGAUGGAGGAGCAGCUCAGUCGGAGCCGAGAAGAAAUACAACAAAUGGAUAAGAUGCACGCCGAGAUUAACGGCUUCCUGGAGCAGCUGAAAGCUCAGGGAAUCGACAUAGAUUCUACGUCUAAGCCAGUCGAAAAUGAUAGGGCAAAGCGUAUUACUAGCGAACAGGACGCCAACAGCUCUCGACUAGUCUGGGACAUUCUGGACGGAACGGAUUGA